AUGGUCGGUACAGGGCCACUCGGCAGCGGUGGCUUCGGGGUGGUCCACUGUUGCAGAUGCCUCUUAGACCAGCGCCUGUGCGCCGUGAAGACCAUCUACCAGCCCUUUACGGAGGAUGAGGCCUUCCUUCGAAGAGAGCUGGAAAACUUGGCGGCCCUACCGCCGCAUCCCAACCUGGUCCGAUACCACACCUCUCUCCUAGACCAAGGCAUCCUGCACAUCGUGACAGAGUAUGUUGAUUCCCUGAAGCUCUACAAGCUCAUACGAGAUUCCAGUGCUGAGCCAUGCCCUGCGGAAAGUGUACAGAGUUGGUUCCUGCAGCUGUUUCGGGGCUUAUCCUGCAUGCAUUCUAUCGGGAUGACCCACCGAGACCUUCACGCAGAGAACGUCCUCAUCGCCCGUGACGCGCAGGGCAGCGCCCGAACCGCGCCCGAUUCCGUGAAGAUCAUCGACGUCGGCCUGGCCAAGAUCUACGAAACGCUGGAGCCGAAGGUCAUGUCGGUUCAUGGUGUGGGUCCGGCCUGGUAUUUCUCACCGGAGAGAAGGCGCGGCGAAGGCUUUGACAGCCUGGACGAUGUCUGGGCAGCAGGGUGCAUGAUGGCGGAGAUGAUUGUCUGCAGGGGCCGAUACAUCCAGAAGCACCCCAACCAUGGUCCCGGUGGCAUCGACUUCUCCUUGAAGCCGGAGGCAGUGGAGGAGUUGCUCCGCCUUUGCCAAGACUCUGCGGGGCUGCGCAGGCGGCUGGGCGGAGCUGCACGCAGCGCGCUGGCGACGAAGGACCGGCGCUGUACGGCACAGCAGCUGGCAGAAGAGCUGGCAGAGCUCGGAGAGGCGUAA